UAGGGCACUAGGAAGCAAUUUGGGAUUCAGUCAGCGAUACAUGUGAGAACCUCUUAGUCGUUGAAUUGAAAAGGAAAAAAAUGAGCGUGUGGUGAUUUUGUCUUUUUUUGUGAGACAGCGCUAGCUUUAGAAAACACUAAAAAAAAGCAGCUAAAUGUUAUCUUGUUGGUGUUCUGAAAGGUUAUGUUUGCCAUCAUUAGCUAGCCGAGCUAGCCGUCGCUAAUGUAAACGACCUGUCAGAAUGUACAGCGUGAAGGUUGGGUGCUUUGGCUUGCUCGCUUCCAGGCAGCUGUUAAGCCAAACUAAUUCGAUUCCUAGUUAUUUCCGUGGUGGAGUUUGUGUACAAGACUUGUUUUAUAAUGUUGUUGGACGCAAAACGUCGACGGUGACGUCAGAACCGGUGAUAAUUCGCGUCCCGAGGCGCCUUCAAGACCACAUAGACAAUGUGAAGCAGGUUAAACGCAAACACCUUGAUAAAGUGGCCACAGUAAAAGCUGGUAAACUGCUGAUCAAAAGCAAGAAUCCAUUACUGAAUCAGUCUGUCAGUUACACCCUGGGCAAGUUUGAAGAACCAGUCCUCACGUCCAAGGGAUGGAAGAAUAGCAAAUCAUUUGGGGACUACUUUACCAUCAACAGCACCCAGAGUGCUCCUCCGUUCCUGCCUAAGACUCAGGAGGAGAAUAAACAGGAUGGACAUGGUCACCGAAGGACAUUCGCUCAACUCCGCCUUUCAUCAGAGCUGGUCGAGACGCUGCAGAGUCACAAUAUUACCCAUCCUACCAUUGUGCAGUUGCAGACCAUUCCCAAACUGCUCCGGGGUCACAACGUCCUGUGUGCUGCUGAGACGGGGAGCGGGAAAACCCUGGCCUACCUCCUGCCCGUUAUCCACAAAUUGCAAGAAGAGAUGCCGCAGAUGGCGUUCGGAGAGCAGAAGAUGCAAGCGGUGGUUCUUGUGCCUUCGAGAGAGCUGGCUGAGCAGGUGACCUCCGUCGCAAGGACUAUGAGCCGACCGUUUGGGUUAAAGGUUAAAGUCGUCGGUGGAGGAAGAGGAGUCGGGAGCAUCAAGGCAGCGUUCAGCUAUGGUCAGCCUCACAUUCUGGUUGCUACGCCUGGCGCGUUGCUGAAGGCGCUGUGGAGACGUUUUGUGGAUCUAAGCGAACUGCGUUUUAUGGUAGUAGAUGAAGCUGAUACAAUGUUUGACCCCAGCUUUGUAGACAUGCUCGAGAAAAUCCUGCGGCAAACCCAGAUCGCUGCAAAUCUCUCCGAGAUAACCGGACCGAUCCGAAAAGCACAGCUGGUAGUAGUGGGCGCGACUUUCCCCGGAGGCGUCAGCGAGCUCCUGGAUAAAGUGACCGACCUGGGCAGCUUGGUGACGGUUAAGAGCCGGAUGUUGCACUACCUGAUGCCACAUGUUAAGCAGACCUUCGUGAAAGUCAGAGGCUCUGAGAAGGUUCUGGAGCUUCACCAAGCAUUGAAGGAGGCGGAGCCUGAUCGUAAAGGCGUUUUGGUGUUCUGCAAUUCGGCUGCCACCGUCAACUGGCUUGGUUACACGCUGGACGAGAUGGGCCUGCGUCAUGCACGUCUUCAGGGAGAAAUGCCUGCCUCGAUGAGGGAAGGAAUCUUUCAGAGCUUCCAAAAAGGCCAUGUUGAUGUUUUGCUUUGUACCGAUAUCGCUUCCCGAGGACUCGAUACGCAAAGAGUGGGGUUGGUGGUUAACUAUGACUUCCCUGAAUCCCAUACAGACUACAUCCACCGAGCAGGCCGCGUAGGCAGGGUAGGAGCCACAGGUGGAGAACACGUCCUGAGUUUUAUCACCCAUCCUUGGGACGUGGCGCUGGUGCAGAGCAUCGAGACAGCAGCCAGGAGGAGAAUGUGUUUACCAGGAAUGGAGACAGAAAUCCAGAAACCAAUCAAAACGUUAUCACAGGAGAACAAAUGAUCUCUCACAAACUCAUUCUCACCGCUUGUUUUUUUAUUAUUAUUAUUUUUUAACAUAAAUCAGAAUACUCAUAAUAUGUUAACGAAUACCUAAUAUAUAGUUGAGUGCAAAAGUUUGCAUCCCCCAUCCCCGUUAAUUGUUGUAAUGGUUAAAAGAAAAAACGUAUCUCUGUUUUACCUGAAAUAAAUAAAUAUUUAUUCCACGAUGUUAAAAAUGAGAUGUAAGUCUAUCUUGUAACCAAAAUAUAAUUGACAGAAAUAACUUAAAAAGAAGUUUUUGCUCCAGAUCUCAUUUGCAGAGUGUAAAAAUGCUCACCUACAGGUUUUCAUAUAUAUAUAUAUAUAUAUAUAUAUAUAUAUAUAAUGUGUAUGUAUGUAUAUAUGUGUGUAUAUAUAUAUAUGUGUGUGUG